AGGCUGCGGCAGUGUUGCGAUCAUCCGUUGUUAGUAUUAAGUGCUCCCUCGAAGGACCUGGCCACCAUGAAUGACUUCAACAAGUUUGCCAAACAGUUCUCCAAGGGCACCACUCAGUCCGUUGAGUUUGUUAAGAAGACCAUGGAUGCGCUCAAGAACGAUGCUGCCCCACCCGAGUGCCCCAUUUGUCUUGAUCCAGCAGAGGACGCUGUACUUCCCCCAUGUGGCCAUGCUGCUUGCCGUGACUGUCUCAUGGAG